UGUGUGCCAUAUCCGUUGCAUCCCACUGUAAAUUGCUAUUUUACUUCACCGUGUAACACACCCCUUCGUACAAGCGUGGUCCACUCCGCAUCUUAUCGUGUUGGCGCAUACUCACUACCACCGCGUGGAGCGCGUCGUCUAUCGAUCGUGACAACAACCGGCAUUAGCCGCACCACACUCAGUGCGUCGUUGAAAUCCGUGUGCACCACACACAUAUUCAGCACCUGCUGCUUGUGCGAUUGUGCGCGCCUGUGAAUGAUACGGGGCCCAUCCCAAAAACAAACCAUCAAAUCACACGUCGUCACGAUGGUCCAGUACUACAUCCGUGAGUCGAUUCAGUUCGUUGUGUCGUACGCGCUCUGUGUGUUCUACAGUUUGCGCGUACUGUUCGGCAUACUGGUGCUGUUCGUGACGAAACCGCACACCAAAUUUUGGACCACAAAGGCACGUCCCGUACCGCCGGACUGUUUGAAGAACCACGAGUAUGGUGUCGACAAGUACCAGAAUGCGAAUGGCAUCAGAAUACAUUACGUGACAAAGGGGGAUCCUUCGAAGCCGCUCAUGGUCUUCGUGCAUGGGUUCCCUGAGUUUUGGUACUCGUGGCGUCAUCAGCUGAAGGAGUUCUCCAAAGAUUAUUGGGUAGUGGCGUUGGAUAUGCGUGGGUACGGAGAUACCGAAAAACCUGAGUACCGAUAUGCAUACCGAAUCGAUAACAUGACCGAGGACAUACGGUGCCUGGUGCGUGCAUUAGGACGCCAAAAGUUUACGCUCGUCGCACACGACUGGGGCGCAGUGAUCGGGUGGCACUUUAUAACGAAACACAUGGACAUGAUCGAUCGGUACAUCAUGAUGGAUGGACCAUCGCAGAAAGUAGUGCGUAAGCUUUUCUCCACCAGCAAAACACAGUUCAAAAUGUCUUGGUACAUCUUCUUUUACCAAAUGCCAUGGCUACCGGAGUUUUUCGUUCGCAUGAUGGACUUUCACAUCUUUAAGGUGUUAUUUAGUCAGCACGGUGGUCCCGAAGUGAUCGAAGCAUUUAAAUAUACCUUCUCCAAACCGAACGCUAUGACCUACCCGAUCAAUUACUACCGUGAGAAUUUCCGUUUCUUCACGAGGAAGCUGGCACCACCGAGACCGAAAACGUUUGCCCGGGGACUGUAUCUGCUGGGCGAAAAUGAUCUAUACAUCUCGAAGGAAACGGGCCCACUCAUGCAGCAGGAGUUCGACAACCUGGAGUUCCGCAUCGUACCCGGUGUCGAUCAUUUCCUGCAGCAGCACAAACCGGAGGUGGUCAAUCAGUAUAUGCGAGAGUUCCUGUCCAAGAACUAGUGUCCCGAGGGAUUAGUGAGAAAUGCUGAUUUUUCUAAUGCCUUUUUGGAAAAAAAGUUUUGUAAUAACAUUAAACAAAAAAAGUUACUAAAACUUACAACAAAA